GGGAGGUUCCACUUUUUCAACUUCUCUGUUACUAAAUCUGUGACCCUUUUAAGGGACUGCCUGAAGAAAAAAAGCAAGACAUUUUUAAGAAGCAAUUUAAUAGUUCUCUUGCUGAUAUUGUGUUUUUUUUUUCCCCCUUUGCCUUUCUUAGAAUCCAAGAACUUGAAGUUUUUUUCCCUUUUCUUUUUUUAGUUUCACUUUCUAGAUCGCAGGAAAUCUUCCAUGCUUCCCUGGUGAAAAUAACUGGAUUUGGACUAAUGAAAAAAAGGAAUGGUCAGCCGUUAUCAGAGCAAAUGAAGAGGGGAGAAUCAUGAGCCAGAGUUUGCUUUAUCAUAUCUACUCCUUUUUGGGACUGUUGCCUUUUUGGAUACUGUGUACAUCCUCUACCAAUAAAUGUGUUGUUAGACAUGAAGUAGCUGACUGUAGUCACCUGAAGUUGACUCAAGUGCCUGAUGACCUCCCAGCAAACAUAACAGUGUUGAAUCUCACCCAUAAUCAGCUCAGAAGAUUACCACCUGCCAAUUUUACAAGAUAUAGCCAACUUACUAUCUUGGAUGGAGGAUUUAACACCAUCUCAAAACUGGAGCCAGAAUUGUGCCAAAAACUCCCCUUGUUGGAAAUUUUGAACCUCCAACACAAUGAGCUAUCUCACCUUUCAGAUCAAACUUUUGUCUUCUGCGUGAAUUUGACUGAACUCCAUCUAAUGUCCAAUUCAAUCAAGAUCAUUAAAAAUAAUCCUUUUCGAAGCCUGAAGAAUUUAGUCAAAUUAGAUCUAUCUCAUAAUGGUUUGUCAUCUACUAAAUUAGGAAGUCAGCUCCAAUUGGAAAAUCUCCAGGAGCUUCUGUUAUCAAAUAAUAAAAUUAAUGUACUGAGACGUGAAGAACUUGAUUUCCUUGGUAAUUCUUCUUUAGAAAAAUUGGAGUUGUCAUCAAAUCCAAUUAAAGAGUUCUCUCCAGGGUGUUUCCUUGCAAUUGGAAAGUUAUUUGGCCUCUCUCUGAACAACGUUCAGCUGAACCCCAGUCUCACAGCGAACCUUUGUUUGGAACUGUCAAAUACAAGUAUCCAGAAUCUAUCCUUAAGCAACACCCAGCUGUACAGAACAAGCAAUAUGACGUUCCUUGGACUAAAGCAUACGAAUCUCACCAUGCUCGAUCUUUCCCACAACAACUUGAAUGUGAUUGAGAACAAUUCCUUUGUCUGGCUUCCACAUCUAGAAUAUUUCUUCCUGGAGUAUAAUAAUAUAGAGCAUUUGUUUUCCCACUCCUUUUAUGGGCUUCUCAAUGUAAGAUACCUGGAUUUGAAACGAUCUUUUGCUAAACAAAGUACUUCCCUUGCUUCGCAUCCCAGGAUUGAUGAUUUUUCCUUUCAGUGGCUAAAAUGUUUGCAGUAUCUGAACAUGGAAGACAACUACUUUGCAGGCAUAAAAAACAAUAUGUUCACAGGAUUGAUAAAGUUGAAACACUUGAGUCUCUCCAACUCCUUCACAAGUUUGCAAACUUUAACCAAUGAAACAUUUUUGUCACUUGCUCAGUCUCCUUUAAUCACACUCAAUCUAACCAAAAACAAAAUCUCAAAAAUAGAGAGUGGUGCUUUUUCUUGGCUGGGCCACCUACAGGUACUUGACCUUGGCCUUAAUGAAAUUGGACAAGAACUCACAGGCCAAGAGUGGAGAGGUCUAGAAAAUAUUGUCGAAAUCUACCUUUCCUACAACAAAUGCCUACAACUGACGAGCAGCUCUUUUGCCUUGAUUCCCAGCCUCCGACGACUGAUGCUCCGAAGAACGGCCCUUAGAAAUGUGGACAGCUCCCCUUCACCUUUUCAUCCUCUUCGGAACUUGAACAUUCUGGAUCUAAGCAACAACAAUAUAGCCAACAUAAAUGAUGAGCUGUUGGAAGGUCUUGAGAAGUUAGAAAUUCUGGAUAUGCAGCAUAACAACUUAGCAAGGCUAUGGAAACAUGCAAACCCCGGUGGUCCUGUUCAUUUUCUAAAGGGUCUUUCUCACCUCCACAUUCUUAAUUUAGAGUCUAAUGGCUUUGAUGAGAUCCCAGCAGAGGUGUUCAAGGGCUUAUCUGAAUUAAAGAGCAUUGAUUUAGGAUUGAAUAAUUUAAACAUAUUUCCAUCAUCUCUCUUUAAUGAUCAGGUGUCUCUGAAGUCAUUGAACCUUCAGAAGAAUCUCAUAACAUCAGUUGAGAAGAAUGUUUUUGGGCCAGCCUUCAGGAACCUCAGUAAUUUAGAUAUGAGCUUUAAUCCAUUUGAUUGUACCUGUGAAAGUAUUGCCUGGUUUGUUAAUUGGAUUAACAGCACCCAUACCAACAUCUCUGAGUUAUCAAGCCAUUACCUCUGCAACACUCCACCUCAGUAUCAUGGUUUCCCAGUGAUGCUUUUUGAUAUAUCACCCUGCAAAGACAGUGCCCCCUUUGAAAUCUUUUUCAUAAUAAAUACCAGUGUCUUAUUGACUUUUGUCUUUAUUGUGCUGCUGAUCCAUUUUGAAGGCUGGAGGAUAUCUUUUUAUUGGAAUGUUUCAGUGCACCGAAUUCUUGGUUUCAAAGAAAUAGACAAACAGCCAGAGCAGUUUGAAUAUGCAGCUUAUAUAAUUCAUGCCUAUAAAGAUAGAGAUUGGGUCUGGGAACACUUCUCUCCAAUGGAAGAAAAAGAUAAAACUCUCAAAUUUUGUCUCGAAGAGAGGGACUUUGAGGCAGGUGUCCUUGAACUCGAGUCAAUCGUUAAUAGCAUCAAAAAGAGUAGAAAAACUAUUUUUGUUAUAACACAGCAUCUAUUAAAGGAUCCAUUAUGCAAAAGAUUCAAAGUGCACCAGGCAGUUCAGCAAGCUAUUGAACAAAAUCUAGAGUCCAUUAUAUUGAUCUUUCUUGAGGAGAUUCCAGACUAUAAACUGAACCAUGCACUCUGUUUGCGAAGAGGGAUGUUUAAAUCUCACUGCAUCUUGAACUGGCCAGUUCAGAAAGAACGGGUAAAUGCCUUUCAUCAUAAAUUGCAAGUAGCACUUGGAUCCAGAAAUUCAAUACAUUAAAUUUAUUUAAAGACUAAAGUAACAGAGGAGUAACUUUCUCAUCUUAAAAGUUUCAUAGUAAAUUUAGGUUUUAUUUGAAGAUCGUAUAAAUUUGUUUAUUCAUAGUUAGAGAGUAUUAUCCCACACUUCCAUCUCUUUUAUCUUCCUAUUUCAGGCCUUUCAUUGCCAACAGAGUUAAAUGGGCCCAAAAUAAAUAUAUCAGAAUAUAUAAUUGGUAACUGAGGUCUGUGACAACUUAGAAAAGUUUUAAAAUAUUCUUCAUUUAAAGAAAAGUGAGAAUUAUGUGAAGGUUUCUGAUAAUUAUAUUUGGAGAUUUUUUGGAUGCACUCAUAGUAGAAUAAAAGAUAAUUGUUUUAGUGGAUACAAUGCUAUUUCAACUGUAAAAGAGUAAAAUAUAUACCCCAAUUUUUAAAAGCUUAGUUAUAAUAUUUUUUCAAUUGGGAAGCUUUUAUUUUAGUUGUCUCUGUCUCAGUGUUCAUUUUGUUAGGUGUUAAAUCCCAUUUCAGUAUACAGAUUCAUGGUCAGAAAACAUUUGUGAUUCAUUUCGAUUACUUAUGCUCACUUAUAUUUUCCUGCUAUUUGAGUUUCUGCUAUAGUUGUUAGAAGAAACAAUUCUCUUGCUUAGAAGUAUUUAAAAAAAAAAAAGGAUUACAGAAAGGCUUACUUCCUGAAGGUUAAUAAGUAGAUUAGCUUUGUGGAAAUAAAAUAUUCUUUUCUCUUGGUCUCAGACUCAGGAGAUGGCCCUGGUCAAAUCAUUUGGUCCCACUGGAUUCUUUGAGUUCUGAUCUUGAAAAUUUUGGUGAUAAACAAAAUCUUAAAUAACCUUGAGUAAUCUUAAAUAAUCCCCUAUAAUUAAUGAUGAUCAUGGUAUAAUGCAUUCACAUUAAAUAUAUUACCAUGUCAUAAAAUAAUAUGCUAUGUAUAUAUAGGUUAGUUCUACUCUAGAAAGACUAUGAUUUUAAGUGUUAUUCUUGUUUUACGAUAAAAAGAAUCUAAUUAUUGGAAAUAAACAAGAAUAGCUUUUUAAAACCUUUAUAGUUCUGGUAUUUAAAUAUAAGAGAGGGUUGAAAUUAUAAAGCUGAGGUAAUUUCUUUAUUAGAAGCAUCUGUUUGCUAAAUUUAGGGAGCAUUUGAGAUGUCACAUUUUAGAACUUUCAUUUAAAUAGUUCGAUAUUGGGGUGCCUGGGUGGCUCAGUCCAUUAAGUGUCUGCCUAUGGCUCAGGUCAUGAUCCCAGGACCCCGGGAUCCACCCCCUCAGGGGACUCUCUGCCUCAUGGGGGAGGGAAGCCUGCUUCUCCCUUUCCCUCUGCCUGCCGCUCCCCCUGCGUUUGUGCUCUCUCUCUCUUUCAAAUAAAUAAAUAAAAUAUUUUAAAAAUCGUUCAGUAUUCUCAGGGCUAAGCUCACAGAAUCCUGGAAAAAGUAAUAUCCAUUGUAUUGGUGGUUCUGAAAGCGUCUACAGUCUCUCAACAAUAUGAAUGUGUGGAGGAGGACUCAUUUUCACUUUCCCAUUAUAUAUCACCUUUGCACACAAGACACAUUGUUUUAUUGCUUUUUUGUUAAAAUGUGUUUUCUACCUGUGAAAUAAUAUUGCUUUAUUUUGGCAUCACAAAAUAUAAAUAAAUAAAUAAAUAAAUAAAUAAAUAAAUAAAUAAAUAAAUAAAAUUAAACUUUUACGAUGCCAAAAUAAAAGUCACAACUACCAUUGUUCUUGAUGUGCUUUGAAUGUUAGCUGUGUAUCUGGUUUCAAUUUCAUUAAAAUAUUUCUAAAUGAACUUUUAUUAUCAAUUAAUGUUUCACCAGUUUGUUCAAAGCAGGGCAGGAUGUAAUUUUGCUUUCCUUCUCUUAUUUAUUUGCUUAUAAGAUAGUUGAUCAAAUGGCCACAAUUUAAAAUGAGUUCAAACAUAAUUUUUUAAAGUUUCUUAAUAUGUAAGAAAAUGCACAAGGGAUGACCCAUUUAACUGAAUAUAAGUAAAACUAAUAAAAGAUGUAAGCCUUGGCUUGUGUUUGACUUA